CUUUAUUGAUAAUUAAUGGUCAGCAAAAAAAAAUUAGAAGAACAGAAAGCCAUCGAGGAAGAAUCUAAAGAGCUAGUUCAGAGCCUCACAAGUAGUGCAAAGCAGUUCACUAACUUACUUCAAGAAGAGAAACCUGGCCGGAAAGAUGCUGAGGCUCUAAAGCAGAAGUUACGUGACCAAAAGACCCGCCAAGAGAAAAUUCAUAUCAUGAAUGAGCAGAGGAGCAAGUCUAUUAGUCAGAAACUUAGAGAGCAAGGUGAUCUGAGAAUUCAAUAUUUAAAAGCUCAGAAUGAUUAUUUUAAGUACUUCCUGAAGAACCAUAAGGUAAAGAAUGACCCAGAACUGUAUGACUACCGGAGAAGGAUCAAGAGCGAGAUCCAUCACCAUGUGCUCAGUAAUAUCUACCAUCCUGUGAUAUUAGGAGUGGUCGUAUACGGGGUUAUCAGGCCGCUUAAAUCAGGAUACCUCUCUGCACUUACUUGUGCUUUGAUCGCAGCAGGGUACUCAUUAAAUUCGUUAUACAAUACUGGAGCUAGGUUCCCAUUUGAAGCUGCAUAUCCAGCACAUCCUUUGGUUGCUGAGAAGAGGGAUGACACUAUUAACAGGUGAUGAUAUUAUCAACCAGAAAUCAUAAAAUUCGAGCUUGAAUACCUUAACAAGAAAGCAUUUAAAGAUGGAUAUAAGAAGCAAUUUCAAACUGAGAAUGGGCAUAAAUAUGAAAUAGCAGUCGAUGAGGGAGAAACAUAUAUUAACUGAAUUGACAAGUUCGAUGAGGUGUUUGGAUUUAGACAAGAAGCACUGAAAGAUAACAAGUUGAUGGAUGUGCUAUCUCCUGAGGAAUUCCCAGACCACAAGGCUAUUGUCUCGAGCAUGUUCUCUGUUUAUAAGGAUUUCUCAGAAGAAUACCUCAGAAGUCAUUAUAAGCCUGAUAUUAAGGCUUUUAAAUAUGCUAUAGAGACUGAGAGCAUUAAGCCUGAGAUUUUCGAUCAGGAAGAUCACCUUCUCAGUCACAGGGAGAAAUUAAGAAAGGAUCUGUUCAUGAGAGCCUUUAGAGAGAUAGAGAAAGCAGGAAAGGAGGCAUCCCAAGAGUAAUUCCAUCCUCUCGAAACACCCACAAGUU